AACCCAACUGAGUUUAGAAUCGUCACAUAGCAGAACUUAAUUGGAGCCAUUUUCAUUUUCAAAAUGUUACUACUACUUUGUUUUCGUCUCACUCUCACCCACUUCAUUCAUCACCAUUGAAAUGUGAAACAUAACAUCGAUACUAUACUAUAUACACACCAUGAUGACAUUAUUAACACCACCACUAAAGUUUAAUUUAAAAAACAAAUGAAAAUGCUCCCAUUUUGGGAUUAAAAAAUGUCCCAAAUUUUCCAUGGAUGGGAACCCUAAAUCUAACCCUUCGCAUCUUCCUAACCCUUCCUCUUCCGAACUCCUCCGCCAAUUUCAAGUAGCUCUUAAACGCCGUCGAAACCCCGGUGGUGCGUUGCAAUCGAAUAUUAUUCGACCAAAGCGUUCUGCUGUUGCUGAAGCAAAGGCUAUGAGCAAAUCUGAAGAUUCUCAAACGAGUUUGGAUCAAUCUGGGAAUCAUUCGCUAAAGGGUAGUGCUGUUGUUGCUGGAGAGGGGUUCAGUGAUGUUAAGGUCUGUGAGUUGGAGAACAUAUCAUCUCACUUGAGUUCACUUGCAUUGACAGAAAUGGAUUUGGCAAGUGGCGUAACUGAAGCAUCAACCAGAAUCAAUCAAGACAUGAAGUACAGAACUAGUCAACAGGCAGAGUCUGAAAAAAGCUUGAUAUCUAAGGGAGGAAAAAUUUCUAUGUUGCCAAGGAGAACGUUAAUUUCUCAAGAUCAUUCAGACAAAUUCAAAAACUUUUUAAGUCAACCAGCUACACAAUCUUCUAUAGUUGGUCCAUCUUGUGCGACAACUACAUCAGUCCAUUCAAGUUCAGCUCCAAUGCUGAAUUCUCUAACUGGUUCUUCUCAUUCCCAUCCAAAUAGUGCCUCAAAUUUGGUUGCAAACCGUUGUGGGAACCUCAAUCCUCAUCAAAUAACUCACGGGGUUGUUAAUUCAGUAAAAGAAACCAAUAUAACAUCAACUGAUCAAGCAACUACUGGGGUCCAAGCUUGUAGUUCACUUACUGAUGCUGAAUUGACGUUUAAGGAGAGAAACUCAUGUAAGGAGCAGCAAGGAUGCGCAUUAAAGGAAACUAUCAUUUCAAAUAAUGCUUCCUGUUAUGAUGAUGCGUUAAGUAAAGGAAAAGAGUCUGCAGUUGCUACCAACACUCAGCCUGAGGCUCCAACUGUAUCUUCAGAUGUAAAGUUGGAGUCUUCAAAGUUAGGUAAACCAGAUAAAGCUGCCAGUUCCAAAGGACCAUCAGGUUCUCGGAAAAGGACCUACGACCCUGAUUAUUUUUUUAAAGUUAGUGGCAAGCUAUAUCAAAGGCUUGGCAGAAUAGGAAGUGGUGGAAGUAGUGAGGUACACAAAGUGAUUUCAUCCGACUGUACAAUCUAUGCACUUAAAAAGAUAAAGCUUAAGGGUCGUGACUAUGCCACUGCAUAUGGAUUUUGUCAAGAGAUUGAAUAUCUUAACAGGUUGAAAGGGAAAAGUAAUAUCAUACAACUUAUAGAUUAUGAGGUGACUGACAAGGCUUUGCUUGAGGGAGUCUUGAGUGGCUCCUUCAACAAUAAGGAUGGUAGAGUGAAGGAUGAUGGAUUUAUAUACAUGGUACUUGAAUAUGGGGAAAUUGAUUUGGCUCAUAUGUUGUCUCAGAAGUGGAAGGAACUGGAUGGGUGCAACCAAACCAUAGAUGAAAACUGGCUUCGGUUUUACUGGCAGCAAAUUCUUCAAGCUGUCAACACAAUUCAUGAGGAACGUAUUGUGCAUUCUGACUUGAAGCCAGCUAAUUUCCUCCUUGUCAAAGGUUCCCUAAAAUUGAUUGAUUUUGGUAUAGCCAAAGCAAUAAUGAGUGAUACAACAAACAUCCAGCGGGAUUCACAGGUUGGCACUCUAAAUUAUAUGUCACCAGAGGCAUUUAUGUGCAAUGAGAGUGAUGCGAAUGGGAACAUCAUAAAGUGUGGUCGGCCAUCAGACAUCUGGUCUUUAGGAUGCAUCCUUUAUCAAAUGGUAUAUGGGAGAACACCUUUUUCCGAUUACAAGACAUUUUGGGCCAAAGUCAAAGUCAUAACUGAUCCAAAUCAUCAAAUUACGUACGAACCGGUUUCAAAUCCAUGUCUUGUGGAUCUAAUGAAGAGAUGUCUUGCAUGGGAUCGCAAUGAAAGGUGGAGAAUUCCUCAGUUACUCCAGCAUCCUUUUCUUGCUCCUCCAGUUUCAUCUCAUCCUUCUUUGUCCCAAGAUCAUUCCUUUAAAUGGCUGCAAGUUAUUGCCGAAACCUGUAAAUGUGACCGAGAAGCAGUGCAGCUUUGUAGUCAGCUCCAACAGGUGCUUGGUGACCCCUUUUCUUUAAUAACUUCCGACACUUCAAAUUCACGAGACGGACAGUGUAAGUUGCUGUCCCGCAUAUCAGAAGUCUGUGUUCAGCUGCAUGAACGAUUAACGAAUUCGGAUAAUAAAUAAGUAGGUGAUGGAGGAAGGUAGUGGUUUUGUAUUGGUGGUUCUUCCAAAUUCCUCUAAUUUUUAUCCAUUUGUUUUCUUCAUUAUACUAGUAGCAAAGGAAGUUUUUUGAUCAUGCUACUUUUCAUAGGACUAGAGGUUACGUCUCAUGUCUAUUCCCAGCUAUGUAAAGGAGUUAAAAUGUGUGUAGCCAUUAAAUCAUUAAUCGAAGGUUCCGUAUAUAUCAA